AGCGAGCGCCGGGCCGGCAGCAAGUGUUUGUGCGCGCUAGAGUGCGGACCCGACAACGGAUAUGGUCAAGGCUCGCAAGUUCGUUCUGGCGCGCCACUUUGAGGGCGAGCCGCAGCUCGACAACUUCCGACUGGAGGAGGAGGAACUGCCGCCUCUGGAAGAUGGCCAGAUACUCUGUGAGGCCGUCUACCUCAGCGUGGACCCGUAUCAGAGAGUGUUCAAGGAAAUGCACAAGCUGGGUGAACCCAUGAUUGGGUCUCAGGUGGCACGCAUUGUGGAGAGCCGCUCACCUGACUUCCCAGUCGGGAAGUACGUCGUCGGUUACUGGGGCUGGCGUGAUCGCACAGUGGCUGACACAAAGAACCAUAACGACUUGUGGGCACCCAUUUUAGCACCUGAUGUUGGCGACUUGCCCUUGUCACUGUGCCUGGGGGUCUUAGGCAUGCCAGGCAAUUCUGCGUAUUUUGGAUUUCUUGAACUCUGCCAUCCCAAGACAGGAGAGGUGGCUGUGGUCAGUGGGGCAGCUGGUGCUGUUGGCUCCAUUGUAGGCCAAAUUGCUCUUAUAAAAGGCUGCAGGGUCAUUGGCUUUGCUGGGUCUGAUGAAAAGGUAAAAUGGCUGAAGGAUGAACUGGGUUUUCAUCAUGCAUACAACUACAAGUCCAUGGAUGUUGCAACAGCAUUAAAAGAGGCUGCACCUGAAGGUGUGGAUGUGUACUUUGAUAAUGUAGGAGGGAAGCUGAGCAGUGAUGUAAUAUAUAAUAUGAGAACAGGAGGAAGAAUUUCAGUCUGUGGCUCUAUAUCUAGUUACAAUUCCACAGAAAUACCAACUGCACCCAUCUUACAGCCAGCCAUGAUUUUCAAAGAGCUGAAAAUGGAGGGAUUUUUAGUUAAACGUUGGUUGGACCGAUGGGAUGAGGGAAUUAAACAAAAUAUACAGUGGAUUAAAGAAGGAAAAUUGAAAUACAGAGAGACUGUCACAGAAGGAUUUGAAAAUAUGCCAAAAGCAUUUAUUGGUAUGCUUAAGGGAGAAAAUGUUGGAAAAGCAGUCAUCAAAGUUUAAUCUACUCAGUUGCGGAUUUGCAGUCAAAUAGAAUUCUUUAAUAUGAGGAUUUUAAUGGGGUUGAUGAGCAAUGAAAGUGAAGUGUUUGGUUGUGUUGUGUUAGUAAUAUAAUAAAAUAUUGUCAUAACACUGUAACAUAUUUGCUAACAUUACUGUCUUUACCACCAAUGCGAAACAUGAGACAAUCUUUCAUUACUUUGUAAACAUGUUUCUUAUAAUAAAAAUACUAAAAAUAAGCUGUAAUUGGAUAAAACGCUUUUUGCUACAAAUCUGAAAGCAAAUGUUUGGAUAACUUUCACUGUAUGCAAGACACAAAGCAAAUGAUAACUGAGAAACUGCGGAGAUUGUUGUCCCAAGAUAGUAGGUAUAAAUGAUAAAUAAAACAAGAAAUAUUUUGAAACCAAA